AAACUAGCAGUACCACUCACUCUCCCUCAAACCUCCCCCCCCUCACUCUCCCCUCUCACUGGACCAGGAUCAGCCAAGAUGCCUACUCUUCACCAGUACGACUACCUGUUCGCUUUCGGGGUCAUCUUCUGUACCCUCGAUGCGUUCAUGAUUGGUGCCAACGAUGUCGCCAACGCGUUCGCGACCGCCGUCGCUUCGAAAUCCUUGACGAUGCGUCAGGCGACCAUGGCCGCCGCCCUCUUCGAAUUCUUGGGAGCGGUCCUCGUCGGUGCUCGAGUAUCGAGCACGAUCAAGAACGGUAUCGUUCCCGCCAGCAUCUUUGAAGGCAACGCUGGCCUCCAACUGCUCGCUUUCGUCAACGCCAUCUUUGUCUCCUCCAUCUGGUUGUCGAUCGCGACCCGACUCGGAUGGCCCGUCUCGACGACCUACUCGAUCGUCUCGGCCGUAGCGGGUGUCGGAAUCGCCUGUGGUGGAUUCGACGCACCCCAGUGGGGUUGGAACGGUGGAUCCGGUCUCGGUGCCAUCUUUGCCGGUCUGGUCAUCGCCCCGCUCAUGGCAGCCGGGUUCGCCUCGACCGUCUACCUGCUCGUCAAGUUUAUCGUCCUCGUCCGAAAAGACGCCACACGAUGGGCCCUUUACACGGGUCCGUUCUGGUUCAUGGUCGUCGCUUGCGUGUGUACGAUGUCGAUCGUCUACAAGGGAUCGCCUUCGUUGAACCUGGAUGACAUGUCGCCGGGAAAGACGGCUGCGGCGAUCUUGUUGACCGGAUUCGUCAUCGGAUUGUUGGCCGUCGUCUUCUGGUUGCCUUUCGUCUACGGCAAGGUCAUCAAGAAGGAUUACACCCUUCGAUGGUACCACUUUUUCCUCGGACCCAUGCUCUGGAACCGUCAAGCUCCCGAGGAUGCCGGCUCUCGAUCCGCUGUCAAAGACUACCGAAUUCGAAAGUCUCUCGACCACGACACGAUCCCUCAGACCGGUGAUGCCCCUGCUACCGCUAUGAGCGCCGAAAAGGCCAUGCCCCGCGCCGAGUCCUCCUCCAACAACUCUGCCAUCGAGAACCCCGCCCAGGCCAAGGCUGCCGAGCUCUUGCAGGAACCCCACCAGCCCGAAUCGUUGCCCAGAGAAUCGGCGCUCGAGCGCGAAGUCGAGACUCCUCAGAUCGAGGGCUUCCCCCUGGCUCCCCGAAACUUGUGGAUCAUCCUCAAAUACAAGGUCGCUCCCGUCCUCUGGAAGGCCAUCAGCCACGGAUCCACCGUCGACGUCCACGCGCUCCAGGCUCAAAAGGACGACGAGAAGGGUGCGGCAAGAAUGGCCGUCAUUCACGGUGCCGCCAAGCAGUACGACAACGAUACCGAAUACGCCUUUACCUUUAUGCAGGUCUUGACCAGCUGUACCGCCUCGUUCGCCCACGGAGCCAACGAUCUGUCCAACGCCAUCGGUCCCUUUUCGGUCAUCUACUACACCUGGAAGUUUGGGCUCCCCGCCGGAAAGAACUCGGAGAUCGAGGUCUGGAUGUUGGUCUACGGAGCUUCUGCGCUCGUCCUCGGUCUUGCCACGUACGGUUACAACAUCAUGGCCGUUCUUGGAAACAGGAUCACCUUGAUCUCUCCCUCCCGUGGAUUCACCAUGGAGCUCGGAGCGGCCAUCACCGUCAUCCUCGCUUCCCAGUACGGUAUUCCCGUAUCAACCACCAUGUGCAUCACCGGUGCUACCGUCGGUGUGUCGUGCUGCAACGGAGACUGGAAAGCUACUAACUGGCGUGCGAUCACAUGGAUCUACUGCGGCUGGAUCGGAACGAUCGUCGUUGUCAUGACCGCAUCAGCCUGCCUGCUCGCAAUCGUUAUCAACGCACCCCGAUUGUGAUUUCGCCCCCAAAACGCAAAUUUUACUUCCACCUUGACUAUAGACGAACUUCCAGC